UAUGGGAUGAAGAGAGGAGGGAUUAUCACAAAAGGAUUUAGAGUAUAAAUAGAAUUACAUGGGCAGAAUAGACAACUAGAAACAGUCAUAAUGAUACCAGCAUUGAUGCCUUCAAUUUAAAGGGUUGAGUGGAACUCUAAAGGAGCCUGUCACUUCAGUCUUCACGGCCAGUCUCUUUCACAUUCUCCUUCCCCAACAGAGGUGGCCAGGGGGUUUUAGGGAACAGAGCUGCCCCCUGUCUUCAGACACCUGCUGCUGCCUUGACACAGGGGAUGUAGAGAGAGAGGGGGGCGCCUCACUAGACCCAUGCAUCAACCCUGGUCUGGAGGAUUACAAUUCCUAGCUGUCCAAUCUUUACAUCAGUGAGUAAGGAGGGUGGACGCACAGGGACGCACAGACGGACGGAAGGAAGAGAUUCAAAGGAUCUCUUAUUGCCCAUGCCCCUCUCCUCCCCUCCAUGGAAUGAGGCGACUGUAAGAAUGGAUAACAUGGAGUAUAAAGACGAGUGGCAGGAUGAUGACUUUCCCAGACCACUUCCUGAAGACGGUGACAUGGAGUCUUCCUGUGGUCUCACCGAUGACAAAGCCUCUCCCCCCAACUCUCUGAAUGUUAGUGCAAGUGGAGGUGGCGGAGGUGGAGUAGUGUCCACUCAUCGCAAGCGCCGUACGUUAGUGGCCCCGGAUAUCAACCUGUCCCUGGACCACAGCGAGGGUUCCAUGCUGUCUGACGACUUCCUGGAUACGCCCGACGACCUGGACAUCAACGUCGACGACAUCGACACCCCCGACGACAACGACUCUCUGGAGUUCAUCACCAAUGGCAAUGAGCUGGAGUGGGAAGAUGAUACCCCGGUGGCCAUCGCCAAAGCGGGGCCUGGUGACGGAGUGGAGGAAGACUGUGCUGAUGGGACGGGGGGUAACGGGCGCCUGUGGAGGACCGUGAUCAUCGGGGAGCAGGAGCACCGUAUCGACAUGCAGGUCAUCAGGCCGUAUCUCCGCGUCAUCACCCAUGGGGGUUACUAUGGUGAGGGUCUGAAUGCCAUCAUAGUGUUCUCCGCCUGCUACCUGCCCGACAGCAGCUGUGCAGAUUACCACUACAUCAUGGAAAACCUCUUCCUGUAUGUGGUUAGCAGUCUAGAAAUGCUGGUGGCUGAGGACUAUUUGAUCAUCUACAUGAAUGGAGCCACACCACGGGGCAAGAUGCCAGGCAUAGGAUGGCUAAAGAAAUGCUAUCAGAUGAUUGAUAGGAGGCUCAGGAAGAACCUGAAGUCUCUGGUUAUUGCCCACCCCACCUGGUUCAUCCGCACUGUGCUGGCCAUAUCCAGGCCCUUCAUCAGUGUGAAGUUUAUGAAUAAGAUCCAGUAUGUACACAGUCUGGAUGAGCUGGCAGAGAUAGUCCCCAUGGAACAUGUGCAGGUCCCAGAAUGUGUAAUGCAAUUUGAGGAGGAGAGGAUCAAGGCUCGGAGAGAAAGGAUGGAGCAGGAACAGCGGCAGCAGGAGCAGCAACAUCAGCAGCAGGCAAACCCACAGGAGUCUUCUUCAGCCAAGGCAGAGAGGCCCAAGUCAAUGAUCGCAGAGCAAGGAAUCUGAAAAGGACCUCUUCCUCUAUGUUCAUCUCAUGUUGCUGAAAGAAGUUUGGAGCAUGAAAACAAUGUUUUAUAAGAAGCAAGAGGAAGGCCAACAAGUCUAAGAAUACUUCCUAAUUUAUCAAUAUCAAGCUGAAGAAAGAAUAAUGAUUUUUCCAUCGUGAUGUGAACCGACCUGACCCCCAGCACACACACACACACACACACACACACACACACACACACACACACACACACACACACACACACACACACUCCUCUGAAGAUCUUAGGUUGCAACUGAUUCCAUCAGGACAUUCCAAGGAAGGCAAAGUCCCGACAGGUACUCUCGCUGUUACAAAGACUGUACAACUGCACAUGUUACUUAAUUUUUACGACUGCUUGAGGCAGUUACUUUUGAACCCCCAGGUUCCCACCAUGAGAUUUGUAUCCAUUUCAAAUAUAGAUACCAGUGUGACAGUGAAAUCCCUUUGCAUUAGUCAAGAUGUAAGGAAAACGUACAAGAAUAUUGAAGAAAAUGUUCCACAGGACAUGUGAGAAAACAGGAAUAUUGUAGAACAUUUUCCACAGGACAUAUUGUAUCUGGUGUAAGCUGUCAGUAGCAGGCAGGUUGGUAACCAGAUCUGUUUGAUGUGUUGGAGGCUCGUGCGGGGACCAUGGUAGGCUAGACUUGAGGAUGUAGUGUAUGCUGAGAGGAGGAUAUGAUCAAAGAGGAGAAGAAGAGGGAAGAGAGAGUCAAGCAAUGCUUCCCAGAGAGCUCAGCAAUGGUGUAUGCUGUGGCAUAAUAAACUAUCUUUCACCCAUUAGCGCAAUGCUACUCCUUGUGUAGACCAGAAGGCUUUGCGGGACAUCAGAUGCCUUCACCUUUGCUUUGUUUUUGCCUCAUAAUGUCUCCUAAAACAGGCCUUAUUUUUAAUCUGCUGCGUUGCAUGAAUCAUUUUGAUGCCAUUGUUCCAUAUUCCUAGAUUGAUCUGGGGAUCAUUCAGUACCCAACCAUUCAGUACCCAACCAACCCAUGUACCUUACAUUCUGAUUAUGUCUGUACAUGAAUAUGAAGGCACACUGAAAGUAAGACCAACAAGAUAUGUGCUGUUUUUUCAAGAGGACAGCAUUUAGUUUAAAUUACUUUAGUCAUUCAUGUUGUGAUUUAAUCACAUAAUUUUUCCAUUGUGCUUUGUUUUUGGUACAGUCAAAGCAUGUCAACAUGUUGCCAGCCUGUAAUGUCCCUUCAGAUGUCCUAUAAGACAAUAGACUAGCUGUAAAUCUUCUAUUGGAUACUCACCUAAUGGAUGGUAAAGGGGAGGAAGUGUUAGAAUUUUUAUUUUUGUAAGAAUUACAUACAUGAUGUUUUGCCAGUGUAAAGUAAGUGUUGUUUUGCACUAUUGAAUUUGAUUGUCAUUAAAUGGUUAGCAUAGAAUCUAUCUGUGUAUAUUUGGGGACAGGUUGGCUUGCUAAUACUGUAUGUAACUCAAGAUGGAUUUUUGUGUGCUGUUGACAUUUUUGUGCAUUUAGUAUGUACAAGUUCAUGCAUUUUUGGUUACCUGUCUAGGCAUGCACCUCUAUAGCAAGUAUGAUGAUGAGAAAUGUCUAGAUGUUUCUGAAAAGCCCAACUUCAAAAUGUUACUGUACAUUGAUUCAUGUCAAAUUGAAGAUAGACAUUUUCUGUGGACUGGUAUUGUGCAGAUGAUCAUGGGCUGGACUAGAGGUUACCGAUAUUCAAAGGACAGAGUAAGAAAAUGUCUUCAGAAAAGUUUACGAAACAUUCCGAACACUGGAACGUUUAUUUUGCCUUUGAAAUACCUAUCCCACCAAAAGGUAGGCCUAAACAAGGCACAUAAUUGCAGGAGUUCUUCUUGUAGUCUCCCAAUGUUGCUGGGGAUUGUGCCCUUUUCUAAGGAAUGUCAGUGCUUCUGAGUGCCUAUCUAUCUUUCAACCAAAUUCUACACAGAAAACUAUGAUGUGGAACGUAAAAAUAUAUUCUCUUAACACUUAGUUGACUACUGGGACUUUUUCCAAGUCAUUGGUAGUAAACUGAUUUUGUUGACAGUAGUGUGUUUUGGUAAAUGUUCUCCAUGGAUAGCAACCCCUGAGCAUCCAAAAAAGGAUGUGAAUCAUAUUUUCAGUCUUUAAAAGCACAAUAUGUUAUUACACUGGAUGAUUUGAAAGAGAUCAGUGGGUAAUUUGUCUGCUAGCAUACUGUAUGUAGUUUAUUUAAAAUAAAAAAUGCAAAGCUUAAAAUGGGGAUCAAAGAUUAGCCUUGUUCUUUAGAUUGUGAUGGUAAAUUCUUCCAUGUAAAUAAAAAAAUUAACUGU